AAGUGCGCAUGCGCGCAGCAAAGUGGCCCGAAAAUGGCACUAGGCGUAAGAGCACUCCGAAUGCACUUUUGUGCAAGUCGCCACUUUCUUAAAACAACUGCAGUUUAUCACCAACGGCACUUCUCGGAAAAUGUGUCCUCCAAAUCUAAGGCCAGUGCCGAGCCGGCUGAUCAUAUUCUCUACACACAGGAGCAUUUUGCACUGAAGGACUCUCUAAGAAAGCUCAUUGAUCAGGAGAUUAACCCUUUUGUGGACAAAUGGGAGGAGGAGGGUCAAUUCCCUGCACACAGAAUUUUCAAGAUCCUCGGGAGUGCUGGAUUUCUGGGAGUCAAUAAACCUGUGGAAUAUGGAGGUCUGGGAUUGGACUUCAGCUACAGUGUGGCUGUGGCAGAGGAACUGGGCAACAUCAACUGCGGAGGCAUUCCCAUGGCCAUCGGUGUUCAGUCUGAUAUGGCUACUCCUGCGCUGGCCAGAUUUGGGUCUGCAGAGCUGAAAAAUGAGUUCUUGCUUCCAUCCAUAAUGGGAGAAAAAGUGGCAUGCCUGGGAGUGAGUGAAGUUGGUGCUGGCUCUGAUGUUGCAAGCAUAAAGACCACAGCUGUGCGUAAAGGAGACGAGUUUGUCAUUAAUGGAGGAAAGAUGUGGACCACCACUGGCACACAAGCAGACUGGAUGUGCCUCUUGGCCAAUACAAGCGAUGGGCCACCACACAGGAACAAGUCUCUCAUCUGCCUACCUAUGAAUCUACCUGGAAUUCAUAUUGCCCGUAAGAUUGAUAAGCUGGGCAUGAGGUCCUCGGACACAGCAGAGGUGUUCUUCGAAGACGUUCGGGUGCCAUGUAAAAACAUCAUAGGUCAAGAGGGAAUGGGCUUCACGUACCAGAUGCUGCAAUUUCAGGAAGAACGUCUUUGGGGAGUGGCCAAUAUAUUAACAAUGAUGGAGAAAGUGGUGCAGGAGACAAUUAACUACACUCGGCAGAGGAAGAUCUUCCAGCAGCCGGUGCUGUACCACCAAGUAGUGCACUUCAGGUUAGCAGAGCUGCAGACUGAGAUCGAGCUCCUGCGCUCUCUGCUGUACCAAUGCACAGCGCUGUACAUUAAGGGCAACGAUGUGACAAAGUUGGCAAGCAUGGCAAAGCUGAAGGCGGGUCGUCUGGCACGUGAGUUGGGAGACAGCUGUUUGCAGUACUGGGGCGGGAUGGGCUUCACCAGUGAUGUCCUUGUCAGCAGGUUCUACAGGGACUCCAGACUGAUGUCAAUAGGUGCAGGAGCAGAUGAAGUCAUGCUCUCAAUCAUUUGCAAGUACAUGGACAUCUUGCCCAGAAAAUAACACCACUAUGCAAUAUCGGUGUUGGUGCGAACAGUGUUCUUAACUCAGUUUGAACUCGAGUGCAAAUCAUUUUAAUGAAGUAGGUUUUCCAUUACAAGAUUAUUAUUGUCACCGAAAAACCCCUCUGGUUUAUUGUUCUAUACCGAAUCUUCAGGAGUGAAAUAACCCUUUUGAGUGAUAGAUAUCAGCUUUUUCACCCUAAAGUGUAGUCUUACUCAUGUUACUUUUAACCAAUGACAUUGUUUGAUGCAGAAAACCAAUUUGGUACAGGAGCAUUUUCAUUUUGGGAACUAUUUUUUUAAAAACCAGUACAAGGUUGUUGUUUUGUUUGAUUGUACAAAGUUCUAGAUAAAACAGAAUUAGUCCAUGGAUGAUUGAUAUUGGUUUGUAUAAUUGUAAAGUGUAUAUAAAACAUUAAAUUACUUUCUUCAACAUUU